AUGCAACGCAGCCAAAGCAGCAGCGAUGAAGAGUGGGACUGGGAGGAGCACCAGCGGCAGGAGCGUCUGUCGAGGAUGUCCCGCGACCAGAAGAUAAAGCUGGCUGCUCAACAUCAGAUGGCUGCCAUGGCCAAGUUCAAGGAGGAACAGGCCAGGCAGCAGGCGCUAGAAGCCGACACAGACGGCCUGAGGAGACAGUUUGCGAUCUUUGAGGCGAGGGGCCAAAAGGCGCUAUCGGCUGCGGACAUUCCCUGGCCGCCGGAUGAGCGGGUGUUUAAGGUGGCGACGCUGAGGUGGCAUCCUGACAAGUGGCAGCAUGUGAGCGGCUCCCUGCAGCUUCCGGGCAGUGACGAGGAAGCUGUGCUGACGCGCGUGCAUGGCAUCUGCCAGGCAGUCAACGAAGAGUGGGCGGCUGUGCAACAGAGCUUAGGCUAG